AUGCCACGGCCAAAAGAGAAUGCGCCCGCACCAGUGCAGUUCAACCUGCAGGAGCUCCAGCUGGGGCGCCGGAAGUUUCGUUCCGGCACAAGUGGAGCCCCAAUCCAGCUCAGGCCGAUGGGGCAGCAGCCUGAGAAGAUCCCGCGCUAUGAGACCCUGCUGUGUGGAAAGAUCAUGUUUGGCAACAAGCGUUUCUCCUUCGAAACUCUGGAACUUGAUCGUUCUCAUGCCAACAUCAACAAGAUCCUGAAGAGGAAAAACGUGCCCGAGGGGGAGAAAAUCCCAACAUUGUUUGAGGUGCUGCUGGCCAGAACGCGGGCUCCCUUGUAUUCCUUCCAGGUGAAGUUCGAGGAUGUGCAGUCCUUGGAGUGCCGAGACUGUGGGCAUGAAGGGCACGAGUGGGAGCUGGUGUUGAACCUGAAGAAGCCUCCAUCCUGCUACAGCAAGACCAAUGGCAGUUCCUGGGAGACGGUGGAGAGUCCCGUGGCCAGUGCCAAGACUAUUCGAUGUGUCACAAGGGCGCCCGGUGUCAAAGACGAAGUGGCCUGGAAGUGCGGCAACGAGGUGCCGUUCGCAGAGGCGCGGGACCUUGCCAUGCAAAGCUCUCCGAUGUUAGCGGCGUUGUUCAAUGGGAUGCCUGUGGAGAAGGAGACCGUGGCACCGAAGCGUAAAGCGAACCAGGAUGCGCCAGGCAACGUCUCGAAGCGACUCAGGAAAGAGGCCAUGGGAGCAAAGAAACUGUCAGAGAAAGGAGAGGAACUGCUGGCGGUGGAACCCGUGAAAGAGUCCUUGAAUGAAUACGUAAAGAGCCUGGCCCAUACCGUGGACAUGGACUGGCAUGACUCCUAUGAAGAAACCGGUGAAAUGCUGGUGGAAUGGUUCAGCGAGUGUGGAGAUCAUGUCCAGAAAGUCAUCAAGGCGGCAACCAGCCUUGGAGCUGGCUUCGGCCAUGCGCACGAGAUUUUGAAGUGCAUCCAUGACACGUGGCUGAACAUCAACGCCAUCCCCUUCCGUGGAUGUCCACGUGAGACCCUGUCAGAUGCCGAUCAUGAGGUGGAACUGAUCUAUGGCGAAUCCCUGACCAGCGUCGAAGACAUGCUGCAGAUCGUUUGGCCGCUACUGCUGGCUCGUGCAGCCAGCGACAGCCAGGUCGCAGAUGGGAGCUUGAAUCAGAUGCUGAAAGAUGCGCAUGACAAUGGCGUGAGCCAUCCAGAAGUGCCUCAUGAAAGUGAGCCCCAGCUUUUAGCGCAGCUCGCGCAGAAGUCCGCAACAUCCAUUUCCUCAACGUUGACCCACGGUCGGCGACGUCUCUCCGCGCUGGAGGCAGCUGGUGCCUGGAAAUCCUUCCCCUGCACAGUGAAGAAGCACAGGAUGCGGAGGUGCAUUGAUCGCCGUUUUGAUGGCCCCAAGCAUUUGCGCACACGAGACUACGGCUCUGAUUCAGAUGACGGAUUUGGUUGUGGCUUGGGCGGCUUGGGUGCUUUUCUGGGCCUGUUUUAG